UAUAGGUCUAGCAGAAAUUCAAUUUAUUCCGAAGUUAUUUAUGGGAGACAUAAACAAACCAAUUACUCAAACAAACUUUGCGCGCUGAUAUGUGACGUCACAAUUAUGUGUCCAAAUUUAGCAUAUUUUUGAAUAACAUUGAAGUAGCAUCAACUGCGCGAUAAACAACAAACGUGCUUAUAGCUGACUACAAUUUAUUUGCUAAGAACUAACAAUGAAUUUGUUGCCAAGAACGCGAGAGGAGUUUGCCCAAACGGACUACUGGAAUGAAUUCUUCAAAAAACGCGGUGAAAAGGCGUUUGAAUGGUAUGGCGAGUAUUUGGAACUAUGCGAUCAGAUACACAAGUAUAUAAAGCCCGCCGACAAAAUUCUGAUGCUUGGUUGCGGCAAUUCAAAACUCAGCAUGGACAUGUACGACACGGGAUUUCGGGAUAUAACUAACAUUGACAUCUCUCCUGUUGCUGUGAAAAAAAUGAUAGAGAUAAACGCGAAAACACGGCCGGACAUGAAGUUCAUUCAGAUGGACGCAACGGAUAUGUCAUUUUCAGACGAGAGCUUCUCAGUGGCCUUGGAUAAGGGCACACUAGAUGCCAUAUUUGUGAAUGAUGCCGAGGACACCAAACAUAUUGUAGAUCGUUAUUUUGGAGAAAUAUUGCGCACAAUGCGAAAUGGAGGUCGAUAUGUUGGUAUAUCCAUGUUGCAGGAGCACAUCCUUGACUAUCUGCUGGAGUUUCUGCCGCGUAACAACUGCAUGUUGCGCAUUGUGCACUGUCUGGAUGUGGAGCGUGCCAACCAGGAAAGAAAUGCCGAGGAAUCCCUAACGCUACCUGUUUUUGUUAUAAUUGCCACUAAGUUUAAGAGCUUGCCUAUGCCGAUCCUUGAGUUUGGACUCGGUAGCGACAAAAUGCAACGUUUUAGUUGUCCGGCGGAUCUCACUAAUGCUGUGGCCUCUGUGCAAAAAGCAGCGCUGGUCUGCAAUGGAUUGGCGCGCUCUAGUAUUGUUGGCCAUAAUGAAGUCACCAUGGACCUGCAUCGGGCUGCAGAGCCAACGCCUCGAUAUACGGUUCAUGUCAUGGAUCAAAUGCCAUCGCGAGGUCUUGGCAAAUAUGCCGCAUUUAUUGUGCCUCAAGGGCGAGAAACCGAGUGGCUUUUUGCAACAACCGCAGGUCGAAAAAAACUGCAGGCAUCCGCCAAGUUUCAGCGACUGGCUGUAGUGACAUUGCAUCGCGAUCAGGUUUAUAGCACACUGGAGGAGGUGAAGAGUGAACUGGCUUAUAGCAUUACGAAUCUCGCGCCUGCAGGUCUGAAGGAACAGAUUCCCUACUUAUCUUUGGGCUCCGAAGUAGGAAAGCGGGAGACGCUGAUUUCUGGAUUCUCUAAAUUAUCUGGCGACUUUCGCAUUGAAGAAGUGGAAGUCGAUGGUAAAACACUUCGCCGUCUGAUAUUCCUCAAAAAUCAGUUUGUGGUGCAAUCAGAAGCUUUAGUGAAAACAGUGAAAAUCAAAGGGAAAAAGGAUCGUAAAAAAAUAGACUUUGGCUACUUGGCAUGCCAUCAUCAUCUCUUCAUGUCCGUGGGCGUGCAGCUGGCCGCGACUAUGCAAUGCCCGAAGAAAGAUAUACAGAACGACGUGCUGGUCAUUGGGCUGGGCGGCGGUGGGUUGUGCAGUUUCCUACAUGCCGCCUUUCCUCAAACACGUAUUACGGCUGUAGAAAUAGAUCCCAUAAUGCUGGAAGUAGCUGAGCAAUAUUUUGAGCUUAAGCAAGACGACCGCCUACAUGUAGUCAUAGAUGAUGGCCUCGCCUUUGUAGAGCGCUGUUGUAAUGAAGGCAUACAUUUUGCAGCUGUGCUUUUCGAUGUAGAUAGUAAGGAUCUGUCCCUCGGCAUGAGCUGUCCGCCCAAAAGUUUUCUUGCCCACAAGAUACUUAUGUACAUAAAGGAGAUCAUUGGGCCGAAUGGCCUCUUCAUGUUAAAUCUGGUGUGUCGAGAUGAAUCGUUGCGCGAGGAGGCGAUAGGCGAUCUGCAGCGAGAGUUUGCAUCUGUUUGUAGCUAUAAACUGGACGAAGAUAUCAAUGAAGUUGUUUUCUGUGCCAACGAUGAAAAGUACAAAACGGUCGAGCAAUGGAAGAAGCACUUGGGUACAGCCGGACGUCACCUGAACAGUGCUAUCAGGGAUCGUAAAUUGGCUAACAAAGAUGCGCUCGAUGUUGCGGAAUUUUUGAGUGAUUUGAAAAUAUAAAAAUCAGAUUGUAUUGAUUUUAUAAAUAAAUGUUAUCUGCUUUUACUUUAAAUAAACGUACAAUUUAUAAUUA